AUGCCCGCAUACGAAAAGAUGGCGACUUCAGGGACCACAACCCUUCGAGAUGCGUUCUCCGCUCGCCUCAUUGUCUCCUACGUCUUUGACUGGGCCUUGAUGGUUGCUCUCGUCAUUGGCGCAUACUAUCUCGGCCAGAUCCAACCCAACUUCCGCGACUUUUCCCUUGCGGAUCGUGACAUUUCAUUCCCAUUUACCGAAAAGGAAACCGUCCCCAACUGGCUCCUAGGCGCACUUUGCGCUGGUGUCCCCGUCAUCGUCAUCCUGGUCGUCGCUCUCGUCUUUGUCCCCGGCGCCACAGUCCCGCCCAACACGCCGGCUGGGCUAGUAUGGAAGCGCAAGCUCUGGGAGCUGCACAUUGCCUGGCUCGGUCUCUUGGUUUCCGUCGGCGCUGCAUUCUUCUUCGUCUCCGGCAUCAAGAACAUGUGCGGAAAGCCUAGACCCGAUAUGCUCGCCCGCUGCAUGCCCGACAUUAAAAACAAGGACAUGUACCAGGUGGGCGGCUUUGCUACCGACGGCGCCGAUGGCCGCCUCUACUCUCACCUCAUCUGCACACAAACCGACAAGGCCAAGCUCUGGGACGGCUUCCGCAGCUACCCCAGCGGCCACGCCGGAGCCUCUGCCGCCGGCCUCAUCUAUCUUUCGCUCUACCUCGCCUCCAAGUUUGGCGUCACCAUUCCCUUCGUCGUCCCCAACCUCAACCUAAUUAACAACAAGGACUCCCACUCGGCCUUCCCCUCGCGCGCCGUCACAUCUAGCUCGUACCAGUCCGCCGCUCUCCGCGCCGGCUACGAGGACGACCACCGUGUCCAGGCCAAGAUUGCCGACCGCGCUGCCCGCUUCAACGCCAACGUCCAGUCUCUGCGCCGCCAGGCCGCCGCCCCUCCCGUCUACCUGCUCGCUAUCACUCUCGUUCCCUUCUGCAUCUCCAUCUUCAUCUCCGCCUCGCGCUGGUUCAACUACCGCCACCACGGCUUCGACAUUCUCUUUGGUUUCCUGAUUGGCACCAUCUGCGCCAUCUACACCUUCCGCUUCUACCACAUGCCCAUCCAGACCGGUGCAGGCUGGGCCUGGGCUCCCCGAAACCCUAGCCGCGCUUUCUGGGCUGGUGUGGGCAAGCUUGGCUUCGGCAACGACCGCAGCGCCAACAAGAACGAGCAGCCUGACGACUCUCUCCUCGAGGAAGGCCGCGAGGAGCGUCGCUUCGAGCAGUCCAGAACCCCCGUCGACCGCCACCCUCAACCCUAUACUUCUCAGUACCAGCAACAUGAAGUCGAGAUGCAGACUUUGCAAGGACAAGCCAUCUAA